UAUCGACUUUACAAAAAUAAAAAUCGUUUUUUUUUUUUUUGCAAUAACGCAUCGAUUCUGUUUACUUGCGAGAAAUAUGCAAAAUAGCCAUCGAAAAGUGCCGCAAAAUGUAACAAACACCUAGCUGCAGACCCAAGAUGAUACCCUGGAUGCGGGAGAAGUUCAACGAGAAACGGGCCAAGUGGUUGGCGCGUAGCAAGCGCAGCGGUGGUUCUCCGGCUGACGAAAGCCCUCGGAGCAGCAGUCAUAGCCACAGCCAGCGGACAGACGCCAGCGAUGCGGAGAGCCUGAGCGGAUCCUCGUUGAAUGUCCACACGGCGGAAUCUGAAACGCAGACGGAUGGCGGGAUAUCCGCUUCCAAUUCGCGGCCCCUUGUGGGCGGGGGCAGUUGCGUCCUAAGGACUCCAUCGCCCGCUCGCCGACGUCGCAUUCACCUUGAGCUACAGCUGCAGCGACGAGAGGAACGUGCUGAGCAUCAGAAGGUGGUGCCACAGGACUCGCCCACGCCCACUCACCAACAGCAGGCUAAUGCUUUGUUUCUCAGGAAAUCAGCCCAUACAAAUCGCCCAGGUAGCUCUACUUCUGGCGAGGCAGACGAUGCCAGCAGGCCAGGUGAAUCUAUCCUGGUGCGGGUAAUCUGCCCCAGCUCUCGGGUUCUUAUCUUCAAAACGGACGUUAAUAAGCGCCUAAACGAGCUGAAGAGUGAGGUGAUUCUGGAACUGAGCGACGAUCCCGACUCCAUCCAGCUAUUUGCCCCAGAUGUGCGGCAUCUUAAUCCGCGAUACCGUCUCUAUCGGGCGGAAUACUUCGGCGGCGAGCUUAACGAGGGCGACACGCUGGCCCAGCUAAAAGUUCGCAACAAUGAGACUUUCAUACUCUCCCCACGACGCAAUACUCUGCCGCAGACUGUUUCACGGAUACGUGAGGUUCCUGGCCCAAAUGAGCAGCUGGUGGAGAGCGCCACCCGAUACGUGCCCGUCAAUUGCAACCAGCUGCCCACCAUCGAUAUUAAUGAAAUCUUUCAGCAGUCGAAUAUCCAAUACGAUGUGCGAAAGGUGUUGAUCUCUUUGGCUCAAGCUUCUGCGGCGGUUAUAGGAGCUGGCCCUUAUGCUCCACGCCUGAUAGCUAUGCUAAAGCAACGUUUGAUCAAUCGCCGAAAUCAGCAAGCGGAUACGCUGCAAUGCCUCGUGGACAUGGGCUUCAAGCGGGAGCUAGCCGCAUUUGCCUUAAAAGCACACAAUGGCAUUUACUCGACCACGAUGGAGUGGCUAAUACAGAACCAAAACGAGGAAAAUCCACAGGAACCGCCGGGCAUGAAUAUGCAGCACAGUCUAUCUUCCAUCUCACCCUCCACGAUUGUCACCAAUAAUGAAACCAUUGAAAACACUGCUGCCUUGAUUGAGAUUGUACGAAUCUACAGCCACCGGGAUUCCCCUCCCAGCGAUGAGAUUGUGGAAUCGCUUACAGAAAUGGGCUUCGAGGAGACGGCAGUGCUCGCGGCACUGAAGAAAACUGGCAACAACAAGGCGUCCGCGUGCGAAUGGUUGUGCGACAAUCGAUCGGGUAGCGUUAUUGAACUGCGUGAAGGCUUGGCGCCCGAUUCGCCCAUCCUAAAGGUGAUCCUGGAAAUGCCACAAGUCCAGAUGACCCUAAGCAAUCCAAAGACUUUUUUGGCAUUUCUGGGCAUCCUGGAAAACGAACAUGCGAUACGCGUGUGGCGUGGCGACAACGACACAACCUCGGUCAUCACACAUAUCCUUCAAAAGUACCAUGAGGAGAAGCAUGUGCUUGGCAUCAAUCAGUUCUAUACGAACCGCUGGUGAAAGAUGCCGCUAAGUGGCUUUACUAUGAGAUUAACCAAAUUAUAUUUAUACAUAUACAUACACAAUCACACACCCGAAGUGCAUGGCUGUAGCUUGGUCCAUUUUGGGGCUCUAAUUAUACAUUGUGUAUGUGCCCGUAUGUAAAGAGUAUUUUUGUAGCCAAAAACCAUGAAAGUAAACUGCACAAAGCCAAAAGAUGCAAUCGCUUCGCCAAGAGCACGCGGCUGCACUCUACAAACGCUUACCGAUCAGUACGAAUUGCAUUUUAUACAUACAUAUACAUAUAUAUACAUACAUACACAUAUAUAUACAUACAUACAUAUAUAUAUAUAUAUAUAUAUAUAUAUAAAUAUAAAAUGUAUCUAUAUCUAGUCAGGCCUUCAUCCUACAAUUGUAUUAGGUUAAACAAUAAUUACUCUAUUCAUCUAGUUUGCUAGCUCAUCUUCAGCCGAAUCUCGCACUACAUUUAGAAAAUGUCACAUACUGCAUCCCACAGAAACAACCCAUCAGUUUAUAAGCGCUCGUACGUGUGGUGAUUUAAGUGCGUUGUAAUCCCAGGUUGUUUAAACCAUCAACUUGAACUCAAAGUAUUAUUUUGUAAACCAAAUAUUCAAAUUUGCAUAGUUUUAACAAAAUGCAAAUAAAUCAAUUAGUUUUUGAUACAAAAC